UAAUGUAAAUUGCUUCUAAGAACUAUUAGAUUAUUUACGACAUUUGCUUUUAUUAAACUGGCAUCGAUAACAGUAUUCGAGGCAUCAAAAGUAUGGUGUUUAAUAUUGUUUAAGAGUAACUAUUUAUGUCACCAGGAAUACUAUGCUAACUCUGUUAUAGCGAAGGGAGGAAUCAAAGACAAGACAAUCCUGAGUUUCUUUAUCAUGGCCGCCUUUUUCUAUGAAUACAAGUACACCCAUCCUAAAGUAUUACCGAGCUAUGACAGGUUUCAAUUAGAUAAUUAUGGCGAAGUCUGCGAAUAUAAAAAAAGGAUUAACAAUGUCACAAGAGUAUAUGAACAAUGUCCUAUCGUAAUGGUGGGUCGGAAUGUGAUAUACUACGACGACGAGAUAAGUAUAGCUGAGAAGGUAAAAUAUAUUAAAAAGAAUGGAUAUGCCGGAUUGGAACUAUUAGACAUGACUGCAGAUGAUUUCACUGGAAAUUGUGGUAAAGGAAAAUUUCCUCUUAUGAAAGCUGUACUAGCGGAGUGUGGCAAACCUUGAGGCUCAUUAUUGGAGAAAUGGACGACUUUUUUUUAAAACUUAAAAUUAAAAUAUUUUAUCAAACCUUUU